UUGUCAUUGGUUUCACUUUCCCGUCUGCUUUAUUUACAGAGGAAGCGUCAAAAAAUGUCAGAAUCCAAUGAUUCGGGGACAUGUUCAGGUGGAACAAGACCGAAACUUAAUUCACAAACAUCCAACUGGUCAUUAAACCUGGACCAUAGAAUGUUUACAUCUGCUUCCGAUUUGGAUCUCCCUUCCCAUAGUUUGGAUGACUACUUUGAUGCUGCUGUGCUUUAUUGUGAAAAGGAUAUAGAAAUGGCAACAUCUAUUGUUGACGAAAUCAACAAAAUACAAGUAGAGAGUGGUAUCAUGGCAAAAGCAGAACUUUAUGAUUUGAGCACCUUGCAAGGAAAGAAGUCAACAGAUGAAUAUGGAGAUAGUACAGCUGUCUCUUCUAUUGCAUCUAUCAAGAGCACCUCGGAAGAAAAGAAGUCAACAGAUGAAUAUGGAGAUAGUACAGCUGUCUCUUCUAUUGCAUCUAUCAAGAGCACCUCGGAAGAAAAGAAGUCAAUAGAUGAAUAUGGAGAUGGUGCAGCUGUCUCUUCUAUUGCAUCUAUCAAGAGCACCUCGGAAGAAAAGAAGUCAACAGAUGAAUAUGGAGAUAGUACAGCAGUCUCUUCUAUUGCAUCUAUCAAGAGCACCUCGGAAGAAAAGAAGUCAACAGAUGAAUAUGGAGAUAGUACAGCAGUCUCUUCUAUUGCAUCUAGCAAGAGCACCUCGGAAGAAAAGAAGUCAAUAGAUGAAUAUGGAGAUAGUACAGCAGUCUCUUCUAUUGCAUCUAGCAAGAGCACCUCGGAAGAAAAGAAGUCAACAGAUGAAUAUGGAGAUGGUGCAGCUGUCUCUUCUAUUGCAUCUAUCAAGAGCACCUCGGAAGAAAAGAAGUCAACAGAUGAAUAUGGAGAUGGUGCAGCUGUCUCUUCUAUUGCAUCUAUCAAGAGCACCUCGGAAGAAAAGAAGUCAACAGAUGAAUAUGGAGAUAGUACAGCAGUCUCUUCUAUUGCAUCUAGCAAGAGCACCUCGGAAGAAAAGAAGUCAACAGAUGAAUAUGGAGAUGGUACAGCUGUCUCUUCUAUUGCAUCUAGCAAGAGCACCUCGGAAGAAAAGAAGUCAAUAGAUGAAUGUGUAGAUGGUGCAGCAGUCUCUUCUAUUGCAUCUCUAAAGAUCAUUUCACAAGAAGAGAAAUCAUUAGAUGAAUGUGUAGAUGGUGCAGCAGUCUCUUCUAUUGCAUCUCUAAAGAUCAUUUCACAAGAAGAGAAAUCAUUAGAUGAAUGUGUAGAUGGUGCAGCUGUCUCUUCUAUUGCAUCUCUAAAGAUCAUUUCACAAGAAGAGAAAUCCUUUGAUGAAUGUGAUGAUGGUACUGUUGACUCUUUUGUAUCUGCAAAGAGCACUUCACAAGAAGAGAAGCCAACAGGUAAAUGUGAAGAUGGUAUGGCUUACUCAUCUAUUGCAUCUACAAAGAAUACUUCACAAGAAGAGAAGUCAGUAAAGAAAUUCAAUUUUCUAAACAAGAUUGCCAGCAUUAAUGACUCUUCUGAAAUGGUAUGA